CACUCUUCCUUCAUGAUGCCUUUAAGAGCUCUGAGGGCAGACUAGAUCGAAGACGAUGAAGAUCAGCAGAGAGAAACCUUAGAGUCCCUUCCGUCACAACCUACGGCGUCGCGUCCGCCCCUUUUGAGAUAGCAUAGGGGUUCUGGCGUGCUGUGUUUGGCCUAUCUACGGUGAUCCCCCUCUUCAUUCGCUGGGAUGAUGUUGUCACUGCAGACCGACACGCGGCAGCAGCCAUCGGCGCCGGCGUUGUCGUUGGGGAAGGUGCAACAGGUUAUUGGAUCAAGCGCUGGCGCCUCCGGGUCUGCUAGCCUAGGGUUUACCCGUAGCAUGUUUGGUAGCGGAGGCGAUCGACUGGAGGAUCCCGUGCUUACCCUUCAGCCGAUUGAUGUCUACAACGAUAUCAAACCUUUGCAACUCGUCAAUCAGCUGGAUGGUGUGGUCGAUGAUGACAUGCACCAAGCGCUUGCCCAUCAGAAUUAUAAAGCCGGGAAAUUUAAGCAGGCGCUAGAGCACUGCAGCGUGAUCUACGGGAAGUAUCCACAACGCACGGACAUUCUUCUGCUGCUUGGUGCUAUAUAUUAUCAGUUGCAUGACUAUGACAUGUGCAUUGCAAGGAAUGAGGAAGCUCUUGCUAUUGACCCACAUUUUCCUGAAUGCUACGGCAACAUGGCUAAUGCUUGGAAGGAAAAAGGCAAUAUUGAUCUUGCCAUACAUUAUUACCAGGUGGCUCUUGAGCUACGGCCAAACUUUGCUGAUGCUUGGUCAAAUUUAGCAAGUGCAUAUAUUCGGAAGGGGAGGCUUCAUGAGGCAGCUCAGUGUUGUCGCCAAGCUCUUUCAUUGAAUCCUCGCUUGGUUGAUGCUCAUUGCAACCUUGGGAAUCUCAUGAAAGCACAAGGGUUGAUUCAAGAGGCAUAUAAUUGCUAUCUAGAGGCAUUGCGUAUCCAGCCUACUUUUGCUGUUGCUUGGUCCAAUCUUGCUGGUCUUUUUAUGGAUGCGGGAGAUCUUCACAGAGCCCUUUUAUACUAUAAGGAAGCAAUCAAACUGAAACCAGCACUUGGCGAUGCCUACCUUAAUCAAGGAAAUAUUUACAAGGCUUUGGGAAUGCCACAGGAGGCUAUCAUGUGCUAUCAACGGGCACUACAAUCACGUCCAAACUAUGCAAUGGCCUAUGGAAACCUUGCUAGCACAUAUUAUGAACAAGGCCAGCUGGAUUUGGCAAUUCUUCAUUACAAACAAGCCAUUGCUUCUGAUUCAGGAUUUGUGGAAGCAUAUAAUAAUUUGGGAAAUGCUUUAAAAGAUGUUGGCAGAGUGGAUGAUGCUAUGAAUUGCUAUAGGUCUUGCCUUGCUUUGCAACCUAACCACCCACAGGCCCUUACCAACCUUGGAAACAUAUAUAUGGAAUGUAAUAUGCUAAAUGCUGCUGCCACUUUUUACAAAGCAACUUUAUCUGUGACGACGGGAUUAUCCGCCCCAUUCAGCAAUCUUGCCGUAAUUUACAAACAACAGGGAAACUAUACUGAUGCUAUAGCAUGUUACAAUGAGGUUCUUCGUAUAGAUCCUUUGGCAGCUGAUGGCCUUGUCAAUAGAGGAAAUACAUUUAAGGAGAUUGGACGGGUCAGUGAAGCGAUUCAAGAUUAUGCACGAGCUGUUUCUAUCAGGCCAAAUAUGGCUGAAGCUCAUGCAAACUUGGCUUCUGCAUACAAGGAUAGCGGACAUGUGGAUCUUGCCAUAACUUGCUACAGGCAAGCAUUACUUCUCCGUCCUGAUUUUCCUGAGGCCACUUGCAAUCUGUUACACACCUUACAGUGCGUCUGUGAUUGGGUGGAUCGGGAUGACAAGUUUACUGAAGUGGAGGGAAUUAUUAAAAGACAGAUCAAGAUGGGCCUUCUUCCAAGCGUCCAACCAUUUCAUGCUAUUGCUUAUCCUAUUGACCCUACUCUUGCAUUAGAAAUAAGCCAAAAGUAUGCGGCACAAUGCUUAUUGAUUGCUUCGCGUUAUGGACUUCCACCAUUUACUCAUCCUGCACCUGUACCUGUGAAGGCUAAAGGGGGAGCUGGCCGUCUCAGGGUGGGAUAUGUCAGCAGUGACUUUGGUAACCAUCCUUUGUCCCAUCUGAUGGGUUCUGUGUUUGGAAUGCAUAAUCGGGAGAACGUUGAGGUCUUCUGCUAUGCCUUGAGUCAAAAUGAUGGCACUGAAUGGAGACAACGGAUCAUGGCUGAAGCUGAACAUUUUAUUGAUGUUUCUUCCAUGACUUCUGACGUGAUUGCCAGAGUGAUCAAUGAAGAUAAGAUUCAGAUUCUAAUUAACCUUAAUGGAUAUACCAAGGGUGCAAGGAAUGAAAUUUUUGCCAUGCAACCAGCACCUAUACAGGUUUCAUACAUGGGAUUCCCUGGAACGACUGGUGCACCUUACAUUGACUACUUGGUUGCUGAUGAGUUUGUUUCUCCUACAUGGUUUUCACAUAUAUACUCUGAGAAGCUUGUUCAUCUUCCUCAUUGCUACUUUGUUAAUGAUUAUAAACAGAAAAAUCGGGAUGUUCUUGAACUCGUGUGCCGCCACAAACGGUCAGAUUAUGGUUUACCUGAAGAUAAAUUUCUUUUUGCAUGCUUUAAUCAACUAUACAAGAUGGACCCUGAAAUAUUCAAUACAUGGUGUAACAUUUUGAAACGUGUUCCUGAUAGUGCAUUGUGGUUGCUUAGAUUUCCAGCAGCUGGCGAGAAGAGAUUACUUGAGUAUGCUGCGAAACAAGGGGUAGCAAAAGAUCAGAUCAUAUUCACAGAUGUUGCCAUGAAAAAUGAACACAUCAGGCGAAGUGCAUUGGCUGACCUCUUUCUUGACACGCCUCUGUGCAAUGCUCAUACUACUGGCACUGAUGUGCUUUGGGCUGGCCUUCCUAUGGUGACUCUUCCUCUGGAGAAGAUGGCCACUAGAGUUGCUGCUUCAUUGUGUCUUGCCACUGGUGUUGGAGAGGAGAUGAUAGUUAGCAGCAUGAAAGAGUAUGAAGAGAAGGCUGUGUACUUAGCUUUGAACCCACCAAAGCUCCAAGCACUCAGAAAUAAACUAAAGGCUGCAAGGUUUACUUGCCCUUUAUUUGACACGGCAAGAUGGGUGAGGAACUUAGAGAGAUCCUACUUCAGAAUGUGGAAUUUGCAUUGCUCUGGAAAUGAACCACAAAACUUCAAGGUGAUAGAAGAUGAUAGUGAAUUCCCUUAUGACCGUUAGGGUUAGGGGUAGGUUUUGUAAAUAGAUGAAAGAGCUUUUAACAAUGAAAAAAAAAAAGUGAAGAGUUUUCAAAUUAUAUUGGUUUUCCAGAUGAUGCAUUGGGAUGUAUUUAUAGAAUUUAUUCCCCGGUGUGGAGGGAAGCCAAGAGCUUAAUUUAGAGAUGGUUAAGUUUUCUGAAAUAACCUGAAUUGGUUUGUGGGUUUUAAGAUAAUAUUGUAGUGUUCCAUUUGUUCCAUUUGUGGGGUUUCACUCAACUGGCAGAGAAUUAUAGGAGAGGUUUUUUGGAA